GGAUUGGUCCACCUCCUCAGUCUCUAGGACGCAAUCUGAGACCCAAGUGACACUACAGGAGGCGGUUCUUCCCUGAACGGAGGCGAGCUGGAGGCUCCGCUGCAGCGCCUCAAGUAUUCCCCGGCUGCGGAAGCCCGGUUCCUCGCACUUGUCUCCCGUCAGUUAUCCUCUCUCCUCCCCCGCCUUCUCCCCUCCACAGGUUCUGAUGGCGCAGGUUUCUAUGAACUCAGAAGUAAUUGUGGACCCUAUACAGGUAACCUUCGAGGAUGUGUUCAUGCACUUCUCCCAGGAGGAGUGGGGGCUCCUUGAUGAGGCUCAGAGGCUCCUGUACCGCGAUGUGAUGCUGGAGAACUUGGCACUCACAGCCUCACUAGGAUACGCAUCUUCCAUGCCCGGUGGGGUGGCCCCGCUGGAUCUGUGCAGUGAAUCCUGGCUGUCAGACCGGGCACACAUGACUACAGCCGUGACCAGAGAGGCUCAUGGUGAGCAUGACCCUGGUUCUUGGUAUAAAGUGGAGGAUAAGAAGAUAAUGUUCAAGCAGAGGGUCUCUACAGAAGGAGCAUCACAGGCCAGGACUCCCAAGGCAGGCUCUUCUACCCAGAAAGAAGCCUAUUCCUAUGAGACAUGUGGCCCGGUCUUGAAAGAUGUUUUGCCCUUGGCUGAGCACCAAGAAACACACCCUGGGCAGAAACCAGGUGGGAAACCAUUCUACUUCAGUGCAGACCUUAACCACCAGAAACAGCAUGGUGGAGAGAAACCCUUCAGCAGAGAUGAGGGCCAGGUAUUUCUUGUGAACAGCUGCCCUGUCCAGCCAUUGGAAAUGCCCUUUAUGACUGUGGAGGGUUGUAAGGACUUCUCAACUAACUCAGGCAUUUUCCAGCACCGUGCCCCUUGCAGUGAGUGGAAGCCACACACUGGACAAAGGCAUUAUGAGUGCAGUGAAUGUGGGAAAACUUUCAACCGCAAAGACUCUCUUGUCCAGCACCAGAGAGUCCACACUGGAGAGAGGCCAUAUGAGUGCAGCGAGUGUGGGAAAACCUUCAGCCGCAAACCCAUACUUGCUCAGCACCAGCGAAUCCACACUGGAGAAAUGCCCUACGAGUGUGGCGUAUGUGGGAAAGUGUUUAAUCACAGCUCCAACCUCAUUGUGCACCAGAGAGUUCACACUGGAGCAAGGCCUUACAAAUGUAGCGAGUGUGGGAAGGCCUACAGCCACAAAUCCACCCUUGUUCAGCAUGAGAGCAUCCACACUGGAGAAAGGCCUUACGAGUGCAGCGAAUGCGGGAAGUACUUUGGUCACAAAUACAGACUCAUUAAACAUUGGAGCAUUCACACUGGCACGAGGCCUUAUGAGUGUGUAUCCUGUGGGAAAUUCUUUAGCCAAAGUUCUGACCUUAUUGCACACCAAAGGGUACACAAUGGUGAAAAGCCCUAUGAGUGCAGUGAGUGUGGGAAAGCCUUUAGCCACAAACAUGUGCUUGUUCAGCACCAUAGGAUUCACACUGGAGAAAGGCCAUAUAAGUGCAGUGAAUGUGGGAAAGCCUUCAGGCAAAGGGCUUCCCUUAUCCGACACUGGAAAGUUCACACUGGAGAGAGGCCAUAGGAUAGUGGGAGAAGCUAUCUCAUCUCAUUCACCAGUAACAAGAAGCUCUGUGACUCUGAGAGUAGCCAUCAACUGGAAUUUGAACCCCAUCCAUCUGAACACCCAUUCCAGGGAGAUUCUUCUGAGGGCCUCUUCCAUGGGAAGCUUUCCAGAGUAAUAUUGCACUUUGUCACCUGCCCAGGACCCCUGCCAGAAUUCCAUCACUGCCAGUGUCUCUGAAAGAAUCCAUCCCUCUAUGCGAUGGCAGGGUUCCACAUUGUGCAAAUAUCACCCCAACAAGCUCUGUUGGGCACAUCUGUGCUGCUCCUUUUCAUACAGGGAAUCCUCAGUAUCCUGAGCCCAUUGAUCCUAGUCCUUCCUGUUUUCCCCGCCCCAACUUGUUUAAGCAUGGACAUGGCCCAGUUUCAGUUAGGAGGAUGCAAGUUUUGUUUGCUGGCCACUUACAGAGCAGGUUUCCAGUUUUUGUGGACUUUAUUGGGGUCAUGCGGCACUCAUGAUGGAUUUGUCCAUCCUCUUAAGUUCCCUAAGUUGGGAAAUGCCUACCCCAGUAUUCUGGUGUUUCAGCAAAUUCCUUAAUUUUUAAACCACCUUUAAUCUUGGGGGUUCAGUUUACUCUGGACUGGGUGGAAGACAGAAGUAGGCUCAGCCAACGUGAAGGGAUGGGCAGCUUGAGGAAAUUCUCUGAGCUCAACAGGAGACACAACAGCUCUCAUUCUAAUUUCCACCUAAUUUGCACUGCUGCUCAAGGCCUCCUAGGGAAGGACACCAGUUCUGUGUGGGCCUAACCUUUUGUCUUGUGUGCCUGUGAGACUUUGAAUGGUGGGCAUUUGUUGUGGCAACUGCUGGUGGGUCUGGGAACACCAUGCAUUGGGUCCCUUGUUCCCAAGGGAUGUUUCAUAUUUUCUUGCCCUCUUGAGGAGAACCUUGGGCUUGCCAACAGCCCUGAAAUCUAAUAUUUAGUAGGCAAAUGUCACUAUCCCCUGAAAGACUAGGCAGGAAUCACAAUGGGUACAGAGACACUGAUUAAUAUGGAAUCGGGGGACUACAGCAAACCUAGGGGAUAUAACUUCUAAAGGGGUAUCAACAAACAGUCCCUCCAAUAUGGCAUUGGUAUGAGGGCUUACAGAAAUUCUCAGGGCUCCCAUAUUUGUGUGAAUCCUAUGCCUGUGGUCACUAUAAGAGAAAUCAACCUUUUUCUACAAUAAACUACCUAUUUAUAGUGUACCGUUUGAUAAGGUCCAAUAUGUUUACACUUGUGAAACCAAGUUUCCUGAUUCCCAUUAUAAUUCCCCUCCUGACUCCUUCCUAGGCAACCAACCACUCCUAUUCUGUCACUAGAUUUGUGUUUCCUAGAAUUUUAUAUAUGAUGUAUAUAGACUAACAAUAUUUAUAUGUCUGACUUCUUUGACUCUGUAUGAUUAUGUUGUGAUAUAUCAAUGUUAUUGUGUGUCAGUAGUUCAUUCCUUUUUAUCCACAUAUUUGCUGUAAGUGUUCCAUUUGGUGGAAAUAAUUCCAUAGCAAGCAAUCCAGGAAGACUCAUACAAUAAUGAAACCACAGUAUGUGUUAUAACCUUAACUUGAAAGUGAUGUGCCAUCAUUAUUACAUGAUCUCUGGCUGACACAGACUAAUUCUGCUACAAGGUAGCAGGAGGCUCCACAAUGGUGAAAAUACAGGAGGUAGGAUUUGGGUGGGGGAGGCAUUUCUUGGACACUGAUGACCAUAUAUUUAUUUUGAUUUUUCUUUACCUUUUUAGUCUUUAGUGAUGAAUUACAUUAACUUUCAAAAGGUAAACUAACCUUUCAUCUGUGAGGCAGGUCCCACUUGGUCAUAAUGUAUUAUUUUUAUGUAUUGUUGGAUUUUACAGCCAUGCACUUCACCUCAAUUUCAUCAUUAUGUAAACAUAAUGGAGGCACUUACACAAACUUAGUCUACUUUGCUAAAGUACUGUAGGCAGUUUGAACAAUGGUAAAUAUUCAUGUAUCUAUCUAAACAGAAAAGGCACAGUAAAAAAAAAAUGGUGCUCUGUUUGGAGCACUUACCAUUGAAUGAAGUUUGCAGGACACAAGUUGGUCUGGGUGAAUCAGUAAGUGAGUAGUGAGUGAUGUGAAGGCCCAGGACAUUACCAUACAUAACUGUAGACCUGAUACACUGUAUAGUUAGGCUACACUAAAUUUAUUUUUACAUACUUUGAUUUCUUCAAUAAUAACCUUUGCUCACUGUAACUUGUUUUACUUUUUUUUUCUGGAGGGAGAUUCCUCCCCUUCUUACCCCCCUCCCUGAU